GGUCGUGGAUAUUUUUGACAGAAAAUAAAAUAAACACGGAAUUCUCAGAGAAGAUUUUUCCGAAGAUCCUUUCCGUUCAUAAGAAGUUUGGUAAAAAACACUGCAUGAUAUUUCGCAACUUUUACUCUUUCUGAGCGUGACGUCGAUUGUUACCUACCUCUUGAAUGAAUUCUGCAGUUAAAAUGGCUCGUUCCUUGAAAUUGGCUCUGAUCCAGAUGGAGGUGUCUGCGAUAAAAGCUGACAAUUUAAUGAGGGCCAUGAACUUGGUCGCAGAGGCCAAGAAGCAAAAUGCAGAUGUUGUGGUCCUGCCCGAGUGUUUCAACUCUCCCUAUGGAACAAAGCACUUUGAGCCCAACGCUGAGGAAGUCCCUUCUGGACCCAGCUGCAUUGCCUUGUCUGACUGUGCCAAGGCAAAACAAGUACAUCUGAUCGGCGGAUCUAUUCCCGAAAGACUAACUGAAAAUGGCAUUGCUAAAUUGUACAACACUUCCACUGUUUGGUCCCCAGAAGGAAAUUUAAUUGCCAAACACCAGAAAACUCAUUUGUUUGAUAUUGACAUUCCUGGAAAAAUUACCUUCAAAGAGUCGGAAACUCUCUCUCCUGGCAAAGGCUUGACCACUUUUAACAUUGCUGCUUGGAAAGUCGGCCUGGGAAUUUGCUACGAUCUACGUUUCAAUGAAAUGGCUACUAUCUACAGAAAGCUUGGGUGCAGCUUGCUUUUGUACCCCGGAGCAUUCAAUAUGACCACCGGCCCUUUGCACUGGGAACUUCUGAUCAGAGCCAGAGCUGUAGACACGCAGUGCUUUGUGGCAGGAAUAGCCCCUGCAAGGACAAAAGGAGCAGGCUAUCAGAGUUAUGGCAACACGAUGCUAGUCGACCCUUGGGGGAAGAUUCUCUGCAGGGCCGAUGCUGACGAGGAGAUUGUUUACGCUGAUAUAGACCUGUCAACAGCUGAGGAGUUCAGACAGAAUAUUCCUGUUUAUUCUCAAAGAAGAACUGAUCUUUACGACACCAUCGAAAAGUGAGACCCCCUAUUUUGUUAUAGCUCAUUAUUAUUGCAUGCACAUAGACAAUAAUUCUGCAUAAGAAGAGAACUUGCUUUUAAAAAGGGAUAUUAAAAUGAGCAGUAGUUUUUAUAGAGGGAGAGAAAUAAAUAUUUUGAAUAAUAAAAACAAUACAAUUUUGC